GACCUACCCCCGCCCGCACGAGUACCUGGACGUCUCGGCGCUUCCCGCGAGCUGGGACUGGAGGAACGUCAGCGGCAUCAAUUACGUCAGCGCCACUCGGAACCAGCACAUCCCCCAGUACUGCGGGUCCUGCUGGGCCCACGGCAGCACCAGCGCUUUAGCAGAUCGAAUCAACAUCAAGAGAAAAGGUGCAUGGCCGUCUGCCUACCUCUCCGUUCAGAACGUGAUUGAUUGUGCCAAUGCAGGAUCCUGUGAAGGUGGAGACCACUCGGGGGUUUGGAUGUAUGCCCAUGACCAUGGCAUUCCAGAUGAGACCUGCAACAACUACCAAGCUAAGGACCAAAAGUGUAAGAAGUUUAACCAGUGUGGAACUUGUGUCACUUUUGGGGAAUGCCAUGUGAUAAAGAACUACACUCUCUGGAAAGUGGCUGACUAUGGAUCUGUCAGUGGAAGAGAAAAAAUGAUGGCAGAAAUUUAUACUAAUGGACCAAUUAGCUGUGGCAUAAUGGCUACGGAAAAGCUGGAUGCUUACACUGGAGGACUUUAUACAGAGUACAACCCCUCACCUGCGGUGAAUCACAUUGUAUCUGUGGCUGGCUGGGGCGUAGAAAAUGGAACUGAAUACUGGAUUGUUCGUAACUCGUGGGGAGAACCCUGGGGUGAAAGAGGGUGGCUGAGAAUCGUGACAAGUGCAUAUAAAGGUGGAAGAGGAGCAGAGUACAAUCUUGCUAUCGAAGAGGACUGUGCAUAUGGAGAUGCUGUACUUCCUUGAUUCUAUAUUGUGUAUCCUUCUGUUUAGGAACCACUUUGUUUGGAAGCUUCCUAGCACAACCUUUUUCUGUUUAAGGAACAGCAGUCCAAAACUCUUCCACAGUUCAACACCACUAGGCAGUUCUGCAAAAUCAGCCCAGACAGCGAAACACGAUGUCUUCAAAGUAAAAUAAAUAGAGCUGCCUUUAGAUAGUUAUUUACAACUU